CUCACAGCUAGUCUUUUAAAAAAGACUCGAACUUUUUCUCUGCUGCCUCUGAUUUUACCACUCAAAAGUUUCUCCAUUGUUAGGGUUCUGAAAUUUGCUGGGUUCUAAUUGGGUUGGUGAAUUUGAAUCUUUGAGCUUACCAUCGAAAGGUAGGGCACAGUGUCACUGAGCUUCAGUGUUAAGCCACCAUGGUUAUCUGGGGACAGACGAUCGCAUGUGAUUGUAUUGGGUUCUCUGAUUUUUGAAGCUUUUCGCACAAAUUUUCUGACUAUCCACUGCUCAUGGUGUUCCUGUUCCUUUGCGUAAAAAUCUGAAUUCAAACCAAGUUUGGAAAUUUGAUCAGAAACAACCAUGCAAACUGCUUCAUAUCUCCACCCAUUCUCUUAUUGCUCUUACAGAAGAGGCUCUGUAAAACCAGAUGGGUGGAAUAAAUUACAAAUCCCGUAUUCGAGUCAGCUUGCUGAGAAAGUUGCGCUCAUUGGCAGGCCUCAGGCAUGUAAGCUUCUCAGGCCCUUGAAAGAGACCAGAUUGUGUGCAGUUCCCAACGCAGAUGAUGGCCACCCUCCUGUCUCUGUGUUGGAAGAUUCCAAUACGAAUCACGCACCCACUUCAGAAGGGGAGACAUUGUUCAGCAAAUGGUCACCUCCUAGGCAUCUGUGGAGGGGAUUGUCAGCUUUUAUCUUGGCAGGUCAGGUCAUCAUUAGAACUUUAAAGGGUAAAGUGCACUGGAAAAAUACACUCCAACAGUUGAGGAGAGUUGGACCAAAUUCGGCUGGGGUCUGCCUCUUAACUGCAGCAUUUGUUGGCAUGGCCUUCACCAUCCAAUUUGUUAGGGAAUUUACUAGAUUAGGGUUAAGCAGAGCUGUUGGUGGGGUAUUGGCCCUGGCUUUCGCAAGGGAGUUGAGUCCUGUAGUUACAUCAAUUGUGGUUGCAGGGCGUAUUGGAAGUGCAUUUGCUGCAGAGUUAGGAACAAUGCAGGUUUCUGAGCAAACUGACACAUUAAGAGUUCUUGGAGCAAACCCUGUUGAUUAUCUUGUGACACCGAGGGUAAUUGCUACCUGUACUGCUCUACCAUUUCUGACCCUGAUGUGUUUCACAGUAGGGAUGGCAUCCAGCGCCCUCCUUGCUGAUGGUAUUUAUGGUGUUAGCAUUAACAUUAUUUUGGAGUCAGCUCGCAGAGCUCUUAAACCUUGGGAUAUAAUUAGUGCAAUGAUCAAGUCACAGGCUUUUGGUGCUAUCAUAUCAAUUGUUAGUUGUGCUUGGGGAGUUACCACCAUGGGAGGAGCCAAAGGUGUUGGGGAGUCAACGACUUCGGCUGUGGUUAUCUCUCUUGUUGGGAUCUUUAUUGCAGAUUUUGUACUCUCUUAUUUUUUCUUCCAAGGAGUUGGAGAUUCACUGAAGAAUCUAUAGUGGUUUUUGAUAGAGUAUCUAGUGCUUGGUUUCUCCAUGAUUGUUAGUUCUAUGAGUAGAACAUGAUAAGCAUGUAAUGAAUUGAAGUUGAUAAAUAUAAGCGUACUUGAUUGCGUAC